AUGACUCCGCAGACCGCGGAUGAAGCUGCAAAAAUGAAAGAGGUGCCGUACCAGGAGGCUGUAGGCAGUUUGAUGUAUCUAGCGCAAUGCACCAGACCUGAUGUCCUCUUCGCCGUUAGCAAACUGAGUCGCUUCAACACGAAUCCAGGAGUCAAGCAUUGGGCAGCGGUUAAACACCUGUUUCGGUACUUACGAGGUACGUCGAAGCUCAAGCUGCAGUACACCAAGGGUUGUAGUACUGACCUGAUUGGUUACUCCAAUGCCGACUGGGCUCUGGACUUGGAUGAUCGCAAAUCGACUAGCGGCUACAUCUUCAUGCUGCAAGGAGGUGCGGUGUCAUGGUGUUGCAAGCGGCAACCCACAGUUGCCCUAUCGACUUGUGAAGCCGAGUACAUGGCUUUAUCUGCCGCCGUACAGGAAGCCAUGUGGUGGCGUGGUUUGAUGAAACAACUUGGACUGGAUCAAACCAUCGAGCUUUGCUGCGACAAUCAAAGCACUAUAUGCAUUGCCAAAAACGGAGGGUACACGCCACGUACCAAGCACAUAGACAUACGUCAUCACUUCAUACGAGACGCCCUCGACCAGAACAUCGUUCGGCUGAAGUACGUGAGCACCGAUCAACAGAUUGCAGAUGGCCUAACGAAGACUCUUGAACGGAUCAAGCUGGAGCGAAACCGAGUUGCUAUGGGGGUGGACGCAUCAGCUUAA